AUGGCGCUGCGCAAGGUGCGCAGCAACCUUGACAGGUUGUUCGACAAAAGCCUCACAGACCUGAUACGUGGUAUCCGGAAUAACAAGGAAAAUGAGGCUCGAUACAUUGCGUCAUGCAUCGAGGAGAUUAAAAUGGAACUGCGUCAAGACUCCACAUACAUCAAAGCGAAUGCCAUCGAGAAGCUCGCAUACUUGCAAAUGUUAGGCUAUCUUGCUGCCGCUCAAUGUUUUCAUGAUACUACGGACGUCCUUAUGCUAACCACAAACUUGAUUCGCAAAGAUCUUAAUAGCUCCAACAUGUACGAUUCGGGUGUUGCAUUGGGUGGUCUUUCCUGUUUCGUAACUCCGGAUCUGGCGCGGGAUCUCGCCAGUGACAUCGUUAAUCUCCUUUCUUCGUCACGCCCAUACACUCGAAAACGAGCCGUUCUCCUGUUGUAUAAAAUAUUUUUGAAAUACCCAGAGGCAUUGCGGCCGACAUUCCAGCGGUUGAAGGACAAACUCGAAGAUCCUGAUCCCGGUGUUCAAAGUGCCGCUGUCAACGUCAUAUGUGAACUAGCUCGCAAAAAUCCAAAGAAUUAUCUGACGCUUGCGCCGGUAUUUUUCAAACUAAUGACAACGUCGAGCAACAAUUGGAUGCUGAUCAAAAUCAUUAAGCUGUUCGGAGCACUAGUGCCUCUUGAGCCACGAUUGGGCAAGAAACUUCUCGAGCCGCUCACGAACCUUAUUAAUAGUACCUCCGCGAUGUCUCUGCUGUAUGAGUGCAUCAACACCGUCAUUGCCGUUUUAAUCAGCAUAUCGGCCGGUGGUGAUCAUGCGGCCAGCAUACAGCUAUGCGUUCAAAAACUCGGAGUUUUGAUCGAAGAUUCCGAUCAAAAUCUCAAGUAUCUUGGGUUGCUAGCAAUGGGAAAGAUCCUACAGACCCAUCCGAAGGCUGUUCAAGCUCAUAAAGAUAUAGUGCUAAGGUGUCUGGACGAUAAAGAUGAGAGUAUACGAAUAAGGUCUUUGGAUCUUCUCUACGGAAUGGUGUCAAAGAAAAACAUCAUGGAAAUCGUAAAGAAACUUAUGGAGCAUGUGGAGUCUGCAGAAGGAUCUCAUUACAGGGACGAGCUUCUGUCGCGCAUAAUCGGUAUUUGCUGUUAUAACAACUACCAGUUUAUCACAAACUUUGAAUGGUACAUCUCCGUGUUGGUGGAACUGACGAAAGUGGAGGGAACGAAACAUGGGGCGAAAAUCGCUGAGCAGAUCCAAGAUGUCACUGUGCGUGUAGAAUCCAUACGACAUUUCUCUGUGUCCCAAAUGGCUCUGUUGGUUGAAAAUGCCCACAUCUUACUGGCAGGGAGUGCUCAGCAGCGAAGUAAUAUUUGUGAGGUGUUGCUGGCAGCCGCCUGGAUUUGCGGGGAAUAUAGCCAGCACGUUCGAAAUAUUUCGUCUGUCCUGGAGUCUAUGCUACGUGCACGAACCUCGGUGAUGUCUGGUCAUAUAUUGUCAGUGUAUGUGCAGAACAUUGGAAAGUUGUACAGUACACUACUCUCCAAAGCAGAAAAGGCCUGUACUCUGAUGGCUUUACUGCGCGUUAUCGAAGCAGCACAUUCGCGUCGGGAAAAGAUCGCCGCUGAUGUAGCACGACUGUAUGAGGGAGAGCUUAAUCCGGUCGCAGCGAAGGCCCAACGGAAAGUACCAGUGCCAGACGGCCUGGAUCUAGACCAAUGGAUAGGUGAAGAGUGGCAGGAUACACCGGAGUCUAGCGAGGAGAGUGAUGUCGACGCUACAUUUGGACAGCCUGUUCCUCGAAUUCGAAGCGAAUUCACCAGUUUUGGCGUUGUUCCUCAAUAUGAAGAUGAACCGAAGCUUGGCGAGAAACCAAGGAAAAACAAAAAGAAGGAGGUGAAAGAUUUGAGCCCAGAAGAGAUUGAGCGGCGGCGCAAAGCUCGUGAAGCUGAGCGAGAGAGUAAUCCAUACUAUGUAAAAGGGUCAGCGACUGCGCCUAAACGUCCAACACGUUUCGUUGCACUCGAGUCUCUGCACUCAAACGACAUGGACAAAGUCGAGAUUCAAAGCCCCUUGGAGAUUCCAGAUGGUGAAAUGCCGGAAGGAGCAAAGACGACAGAUGAGGAGGACAUUCAUGCUCAAGGCCUGUCAGACGAGUUCCGCGCACUCGAUAUCAAUUUGGACGAACCGCUUCGGCCAGAUGAAGUGGUACGGGGGCCGCAAGUGUAUAACCGUCAAAGUGCUGCUCCGCGACCUGCACUAGUACCACGUUCGCCUACAGCGACAUCAUAUCAAAAUCGUACGCCUCUGGACUUCAGUGAUGUAGUCAAGAAGAAGAAAAAGGAAAAGAAAGGCGGUGAGGAUGGGGUCCGCAGAAAGAAAAAGAAGAGGGCAACGGCCGCAGUGGGAGCAACAAAAAACAAUGAGUUUGACAUAGAUGAAUGGUUGAAGGAUGAAGUACCGCCUGCUCUUCAGACGCAUGACGAAGCAAACAAUUUGGUUGAUUCUAAGGUCGAUAAGAAAACCAAAAAGAAGAAGAAAGCUGCUGCCUCAAGGGAGGCGUACGAGGAAGCCUCUGGUGUCUGCACACCGUCGAACCCAAAUUUGGACCGAGGAAUCUCACCGAGAAUGGGCCCAAGCAGCGGAGCAAUUAACUGUAGGCUUUGCUCGAACUCGGAUCUCAGGGAUUAUACUUCAUCACCAAGUGGUGGAACUGAUGAAGAAAUCAUUUUGACAGUUGUGGGAGGCCGACAAUUAAAAAAUAUCGAGGCGAAUAUCGUGGAUACUCUCAAUGCCCGUAUGCCUGGAUUCUUAUUGCCAACGCGCUUGUCACCUGGCGAACCCAGUGAACUGCGGUUACAUUUGGCAGUUGCGUCAAAAAUCGUUUCACAAACACUUCGGGGAACCAUUUCCUACGUUGCAGAGGAAAAUGAUGGUUCCGUGGCAGGGAAACUUGAUUUUAAAUUGCCUUUGAGAAGGAAUGAAUUCUCUCAACUGCUCGCUGGUGGAAAUGUAGAUUAUUCAGCGUCAGUACAGUUUGCAUCCGAAUGCAGUUUCCGUGAUCUUCUCACAAGGAUAACCUCCGUCGGUCAUCUGCACGUGGUGGAGGAAGUCGGCUCAGCAGCUUCACUAUACGCAACCACCCCAGCUGGUGAUCCGGUCUGUAUAUUACUUAAGAAAACGGACGAAAAUGUAAACAUUGGUUGCAAAGCUGGGAACCAAAAACUGGUUGAUGUGGCCGUAGAAGACUUGAAGGAAAUUUGCACAAGGCAAUAA